UAUGUUUGCGGAAUCAUUUUGAGACCUGUUGUCAGGAUGGGGCGGCGGGAAGUGACGGCUAUGAUCGCCUCUUUUCUAACACCUCUCGUUAAAAGAUUGCCAUUCGCUUAUUCCUAGGCUUCUAAACAUCAUGAGAUGCUUGUGAAGAAUCCUCGCAAAGACCAGACUAACAGUCUACAGAAUCAAGGGGUCGGUUAUCUUGCGAUUAAACAAAAAGUCUCACAGUGAAAUAAGUUAGAAUCAAGUUCUGUCUUCGCAGUAGAAGCAGCCGACGUUUACCCAAGAUCUCGCAGUUGUCCAAACCCCCCAAAAUGCCGAUCACAAAGACCAAAAAGCGCCGGAAACCCGUGGCGGCGAAAGAGCCAAGGCCGCUGUACAACAAGAGGCCAUCUAUCUGCUCGGAGACGAUUCUGAACAUGCUGGACCGAAAAAUCCGGGAGCUGGACAGUAAGGGCCAAUCAACGGGUCGGGUCAACUCAUGCGCCAGCCGGACUCCCAAGAAGAGACCGAGCUCCGCCCCCGACCGACGCUGCGUGUCGUCUCCCCCGAAAGAGCCCGGCAAGAGCAUCUUGAGGAAGAACAGCUCGUCCGAAGACCCUUAUUUCUCCCACGUGAACUCUGGCGCUGAGUGCAUAGACAAGAAGAACGCCCGCUUCUUUCGCCACGGCUCGCCGACUCCGUGCAGAGACUACAGCUCUGUCUCGUCCACGAACACCACGGUGCCGGACUGUCGCUCCAACGUGCCCUUCCACUCUGUGCCUGCAGUCGUCCCCCCUACCUCGCAGGCCAAAGAGUGCCGUGUUCGCUUCAAGUCGGAUUAUCUCGACGACCAAGAGUCGGAUCAACAACAAAACACGCGGAUGCGGACCGACCCGUCGCAAAGCUUGAAUUUUUUGCUGAAGAAAUACACUGGUGGGAGUGGCAGGUCGUGUCGGUACGAACCCAAGUUUGAACCGCGGGUCUCCACCUAUGCCAGACAGGCGCUCAACGUUUCCUGCAACAAGUCCAGUACCGAGAGCGACUGGGAAGGAGUCAAGAGACUCGGCGCGGACAUCUUGUCCAAGUACAGCUCCCUCUUCUCCGAGGGCUCCAACGCCAAGGGCAUCACCAGUUCAGACGACAAGAGCGGCGCUCCCACCGGGCCUGAGUCCAACACCACAAGUGGCUCAGAGCAGGUCUCGUCGCCCGGACUCCAUAAAUGGUCCAGAAGUGCUUCGAUGAAUUUUGACAGAGGAGCGGAAGUAGGCACAGACUUUGAUUCCAAAAGAAAUACCAACGAUUUCGAUCAGCAGCAGAACGCGGUUAAUGGACUGUCCAAAUCCGUAGAGCCCUUUCUCAGCAAGUACUGCAGUAAGCCGUCUAGUAUGAUGGGCACCUCGUUUUCCAAACCACUCACCAGCGGAUCGUACGGCAGCAGUUCGGCGCUAAACACCUUCCUCAAGAGCGGCUCAAUGUUCAGCAGGCCAUCAUGGCGAGAUUUGGACUUUCGGUUAACCGGCCUCGGAGCGUCGGGGAAACUGGCUUCGUCCUUUUCCUCCUCCUACCCUACGUCACUGUCGUCUGAGUCAAGCUUCAAGCGUUCCGGUCUGGACUUCAGCUACCUCACUUCUGGCGGAAGUGCCUCCAGGAACUAUAAUUUGUCCAAGUCGACGGGGUUCUCAAGCGGCUCGCCGUACGUGCUGCAGCGGUCUGUGAGCAUGAACAACUCCAACAUCACCAGCCCCGGCCACACAGCGCAGAGAGGAACGUCUUCUUCUUCCUCCCACGACACAGAGUCGGGCCAGUCGUCUGUGGACAAGUUUGUAGACGACGUGGUCACAGACUCCCCUCCCAACGCCAAGUCGGAGGAUUCCAACUCGAAGCUGGCGGGGGGUGUCCGAGGCGCGGCCAAGUCAUGGCGGCCAGGCAAGGAGGAGGAGGAGGAGGCAGGGAAAACGUACAGACAGCUGUUUGAAUCCUACGGUAGUUCCAAGAACAACAGCUCUUGCGGAGACUAUGGUCAGGUCUUGACGAAUGUUGGAGGGGCGAAAUCCCCACGGUCCUAUUUUGUAGAUCAGGAAUUGAAAGCCACAACGGGUCAAGGGAAAGAUAGGUCUAGUCACAUUGGAUCAGAAAAAGGAGGAGGAAGAGGAGAAAAGGGUGGUCUAUCAGCAGGGAGAAAGUGCGAGGAUACGAUGGUUGACAUCAUGAAGAACGAGCGAGGCAGACUGAGCAAAUUAGAAUCUAUCAUCGGCAAAGUCACCAAAAGUCUGAGUUCGAAGGAGCAAAGGGAAAAAUAAAACGCAAUGUCUAUCAUAACUUC